CCCCGCCCUCCGCCCCGCCCGGCCUCGCACAUCUGGGCCGCGCGCGGCCAUCCGGCGGGGGGAGGGGGCGCGCGGGGCGGGCGCACGUCGAGGGCCGAGCGGUCGCGGGCGCCGAGCGACAGGGCCUGCAGCGAUGCUGGCUGUCCCGGAGCUGAGCGUGCAGGGGCUGCGCCUCGGCUCCAGUCCAGAUCGCUCCCCCAUCCCCAGCCCACCCGGCUCCCCCAGGACCCAGGAAAGCUGUGGCAUUGCCCCCCUCACACCUUCUCAGUCUCCUAAGCCCGAGACCCGGUCUCCUCAGCCAGCCCCCUUCUCCGUGGUGGUGGCCAUCGAUUUCGGCACUACGUCCAGUGGCUAUGCUUUCAGCUUCGCCAGUGACCCAGAGGCCAUCCACAUGAUGAGGAAAUGGGAGGGCGGGGACCCAGGCGUGGCGCACCAGAAGACCCCCACCUGCCUGCUCCUGACCCCGGAGGGCGCCUUUCACAGCUUUGGCUACACCGCCCGCGAUUACUACCACGAUCUGGACCCCGAGGAGGCUCGGGAGUGGCUGUACUUCGAGAAAUUCAAGAUGAAGAUCCACAGCGCCACUGAUCUGUCCUUGAAAACUCAGCUGGAGGCUGUAAACCAAAAGAAAAUGCCGGCCUUGGAGGUGUUUGCCCAUGCUCUGCGCUUCUUCAAGGAGCAUGCCCUUCAGGAGCUGCACGAGCAGUGCCCAUCGCUGGCAGAGAGGGACACGGUGCGCUGGGUGUUGACGGUGCCUGCCAUCUGGAAACAGCCGGCCAAGCAGUUCAUGCGGGAAGCCGCCUACCUGGCUGGCCUAGUGUCCAGAGAGAAUGCAGAGCAGCUCCUCAUCGCCCUGGAGCCCGAGGCCGCCUCUGUGUACUGCCGGAAGCUCCGCCUGCACCAGCUGCUGGACCUGAGCACCCGAGCCCCGGGCAGCAGGCACCUGGGCGAGCGCCGCUCCAUCGACUCCAGCUUCCGCCAGGCCCGAGAACAGCUGCGAAGGUCCCGACACAGCCGCACCUUCCUGGUGGAGUCAGGGGUCGGAGAGCUGUGGGCUGAGAUGCAAGCAGGAGACCGCUACAUGGUGGCCGACUGCGGGGGAGGCACGGUGGACCUGACGGUGCACCAGCUGGAGCAGCCCCACGGCACCCUCAAGGAGCUCUACAAGGCGUCGGGCGGCCCCUACGGCGCGGUGGGCGUGGACCUGGCCUUCGAGGAGCUGCUGGGCCGCAUCUUCGGCCAGGACUUCAUCACCACCUUCAAGAAGCAACGGCCGGCCGCCUGGGUGGAUCUGACCAUCGCCUUCGAGGCCCGCAAGCGCACGGCCGGGCCGCACCGCACCGGGGCGCUCAACAUCUCACUGCCCUUCUCCUUCAUCGACUUCUACCGCAAGCAGCGCGGCCACAACGUGGAGACGGCGCUGCGCAGGAGCAGUGUGAACUUCGUGAAGUGGUCCUCCCAGGGGAUGCUCAGGAUGUCCUGCGAGGCCAUGAACGAGCUCUUCCAGCCCACAGUCAGCGGGAUCAUCCAGCACAUAGAGGCGCUGCUGGCGAAGCCCGAGGUGCAGGGCGUGAAGCUGCUGUUCCUGGUGGGCGGCUUCGCCGAGUCGGCGGUGCUGCAGCACGCGGUGCACUCGGCGCUGGGCCCGCGAGGCCUGCGCGUGGUGGUCCCGCACGACGUGGGGCUGACCAUCCUCAAGGGCGCCGUGCUCUUCGGGCAGGACCCGGGCGUGGUGCGCGUGCGCCGCUCGCCGCUCACCUACGGCGUGGGCGUGCUCAACCGCUUCGUGGCGGGCCGCCACCCGCCCGACAAGCUGCUGGUGCGCGACGGCCGCCGCUGGUGCACCGACGUCUUCGAGCGCUUCGUGGCCGCCGAGCAGUCGGUGGCGCUGGGCGAGGAGGUGCGGCGCAGCUACUGCCCCGCGCGGCCGGGCCAGCGGCGCGUGCUCAUCAACCUGUACUGCUGCGCCGCCGAGGACGCGCGCUUCAUCACCGACCCCGGCGUGCGCAAGUGCGGCGCGCUCAGCCUCGAGCUGGAGCCCGCGCCCGGCGCCCCCGACGGCGCGGCCGCGCCCCCCGCGCGCCGCGAGAUCCGCGCCGCCAUGCAGUUCGGGGACACGGAGAUCAAGGUCACCGCCGUGGACGUCAGCACCAACCGCUCCGUGCGCGCCGCCAUCGACUUCCUUUCCCACUGAGGCGGCCCGGGAGCCCUGCCGGGCCCUCCCCGCGCCCGGGGGCGGGGGUCCCCAGCGUCCGCAAUCGGGCUCGGGGUCUCGGGAGACGGUCGCCGCCCGGCCAAGGACCGAGGUCAAGGAGACGCUGAGAGGUAGAGCUGAGGGUGGGGGGCUUGCCUUGCACCUGGACCCCAUAUGGUCCCCCAAGCACAGCUUAGGGGUGACUCCUGAGUGCAGAGCCAGGGCAUGUCUGGGUGUGCCCACCCCAACAAGUAAAGGGGACGAUGAAGUUUGUGGGUGCACUCGCAGGGAGCCCGUCACCCUCAGGCCCAGCAGAAUGCAUCAGAAGGGCAAGCCCUCGCCUCACACGGGGAGGGGUGGGCUUCAGGGAGGGGCGGAGGGAGGCAGAGCGGGCCUGGGGGGUGCCGGGAAAUGGCUGCAAGCAGCAACAGAGGCCAGGCGCCAUGCCCUCCCACUCCCCCACAUGGCGCCCAUCCUGCAAGGGGCAGUGGGGGCAAAGGCCCACGUGGAAGGAACAUUGCCGGAGGGGGCUACUUCCCUUCAGGACAAAGGAGGCCACCCGGGAGGCCCCACCGCAGAGUGACAAGGGCUGACUUCCACCCUGCUGCAGCCAGAGGGCAGUGGGGAUGCCCACCCUACCCCACCCCCCAGACAGAGUGCCACCAGCCCGAGGGCCCUCAAGGACAAUAAAGCAAACAUUUACACAUGC